CCUGUGGAAUUUCGCUGGAAGCAGAAGGGACGGAAAUUAGCGUGAAGAAUGGCGACUCGGUUCCUGAGAAGGGCGAGCAAGAUCCUCUCCUCCACCAACCCCAACCCUUCCUCACCGCUUGCUUUAGGCAGGGCCUUCUCUGUUGCUUCCGCUCCAAUCCGAGCCACACUCUUCCCCGGCGACGGCAUCGGCCCCGAGAUCGCGGAGUCGGUCAAAACGAUAUUUAGAGAAGCUGAAGUGCCCAUUGAAUGGGAAGAACACUAUGUUGGAGACCAAAUAGAUCCUAGAACCCAGAGUUUCCUAACUUGGGAAAGUUUAGAAUCAGUUCGCCAGAAUAAGGUAGGCUUGAAAGGUCCCAUGGCAACACCAAUUGGUAAAGGUCAUCGUUCUUUGAACCUUACUUUGAGGAAAGAACUUAAUCUGUAUGCCAACGUCAGGCCUUGCUAUAGCCUUCCUGGCUAUAAAACUCGAUACGAUGAUGUAAAUCUUAUUACUAUUCGUGAAAACACAGAAGGGGAGUACAGUGGACUUGAACAUCAAGUGGUGAGAGGUGUUGUUGAGAGUCUUAAGAUCAUUACUCGUCAGGCAAGUUUACGGGUGGCUGAAUAUGCUUUUCACUAUGCCAAGACCCAUGGAAGAGAGAGAGUUUCUGCAAUUCACAAAGCCAACAUCAUGCAGAAAACUGAUGGCCUUUUUCUUAAGUGUUGCCGUGAGGUUGCGGAGAAAUACCCUGAGAUAACAUAUGAGGAAGUUGUCAUUGAUAAUUGUUGCAUGAUGCUUGUGAAGAAUCCAGCACUUUUUGAUGUAUUGGUGAUGCCUAACCUCUAUGGUGACAUUAUCAGUGACCUUUGUGCGGGAUUGAUUGGGGGAUUGGGCCUAACACCAAGUUGCAACAUCGGUGAGGGGGGGAUUGCCCUUGCUGAGGCUAAUUUGGCAAAUCCAACUGCAUUGCUACUAAGUGCUGUCACAAUGUUGCGCCACUUGGAGCUCUAUGACAAGGCUGAUAGGAUCCAAGAUGCUAUACUCAAUACAAUCGCAGAAGGGAAGUACCGAACUGCCGACCUUGGUGGCACUGCUACAACAACCGAUUUCACAAAGGCCAUUUGUGAUCACCUCUAAAUUUUGUUCCCAUGUGUAUUUUCCCAUUGUGUUGGAUUCUAUUAAAUUUGUUGACUGUGAUUUUCACCUUGGGUUAAAUAUUUAUUUUCUCUUAAAAGGGAAAAAAAUAAGUUUCAUAACCUUGACAAAUAUGAAGUUUUUCUUCAGGUCUUUCUGAAUAUAAGAUAUCUCUUGAAAUCCAGGCUUUGUCAUUGUUACUCGUGCUUCUUGACCUUGGAGUGGCUUUUUAUCUUA